AUGGCUCCCUCCGCGACAGAAUCGCCUGCGCUCCUGGCGGACAACGCCCCUCAAACCCAGGUCGGUCUCAGUGGAAAGGUCAUAGCUAUCACCGGUGCCAACCGCGGAAUCGGUCUCGGAAUUGCCGAGUGCUGUCUUUCCAACGGCGCAGCAAAGGUCUACUCCAUCGAUAUUGGUGAGACAGGAGACGAGUUCGCUGCCGUGUCCAAGCGCUUCCCCGGCCAGCUCUUCGCUGUUACUGCCAAUGUGACGGAAGAAUCAACCAUCACUGCUGCAAUUGAUAAGAUCAUUGAAGAGGCCGGUGCUCUCCACGGUAUGGUGGUCAACGCCGGGCGUACCCACCACAAGGCCGCCCUUGAGUUCACUAAGGAGGAUAUUGAGACCCUGUUCAACGUCAACCUCUUCGGUGCAUUCUACACCGCGCGUGCCGCUGCCCGUGCCUUUAUCAAGCUCGGAAUCAAGGGUUCUGUAGUCUUCACAGCCUCCAUGGCCUCUUACCGACCCAACAAGCGCGUCCCCUCCACGCCCUACGGUGCGUCCAAGGCCGGCGUUCGCAACAUGACCCACACCCUGGCAAUGGAAUGGGCGCAGUACGGCAUCCGUGUUAACAGUGUGUCCCCCGGCCUAGUCAAGACUGCCAUGACAUACUGGGUACCUCAGCAGCCCGACUGGGAGCAGCAGCUCAAGUACUAUGGUGGAUUCCCUCGCUUGGCGGAGGUGCAGGAACUAGGCGGUGCCUACGUGUACCUCCUGUCCGAUGCCGCCAGCUACACAACCUCUAUUGAUAUCCCCGUGAACGGUGUGAUUGGCAUUUGCUAA